CGAGGUCUCACCACGUUCAGCACAAACUCGACAGCAGCAAACCGCACAGCACCCUUUGGAUCAAAGGGAACUACACAGUGUACAAAAAAAGUUACGAAAAAAAGUCAAGAAACAUGAAGUAUCUGGUGAUCUUGAGCUUCGCCCUCUUGGAGGUGUACGGAUUCCCCUACAACCCGUACUACGGAAAUGUCGACUCUCUGUCAUACGGCUCGAGCGACAGUGCUCGCGGCGGAAUGGUGAUGAGCCGAUACUACAACCCGUACUACCAACGCGCCGCCGGCGGAGGCAUGGCCGCCUUCAUGUACAAGCAGCCAGAGCCUCAGGCAGCUCCGUCCAGCCAGUACUACCUUCCCGACCGCCGCCGCCAGACCCUGGACGACACCAACUACGUGCCGCCCCAACAGAACGAGGUCUUCUACCCUCAACAGCCCGAGAGCCCAGUGGCAGCCCCUACCGAAGCCAGUGAACUUGCAGAGCCUACUGAGAAAGCCGAGCUCUUCACAACUGUUGUCCCCGUCGUCCCAGUGAAGGAAGUCGCUCCGGUUGUCCCUGAGCUUUCUGAACCUGAGCCUCUUGAGGAGGAGCCCGCACCCAAGGCCAAGAAAGUUGUGAACAAGAAGAAGCAAGUGAAGAGGCCCGUGGAAGACGAAGAGGACGAAGACGAGAGCUACCCUCCCCAUAGGAUGCCUUCUGGAGCGUUCUUCCCCAUGUUCUUCGGUUGGGGCGGUAGGUCCGGCGGUGGUCCUGGAGGCCCCACUGCCAUUGCCAACGCGUACAGCACCGGCCGUGGUGGUGUUGCCACCAGCCACGCCACCGCCUACGGUGGACCCAGACCCGAAGAGAAAUUGUAAAAACAUAGACCUAAGUGUAAAUUGUGUAUCUUUAUGUUGUUAUAUAUAAAUAUACUUUAAUAUAUAUUUUGUGAUUCAAAA